AUGCUUGUUACUUAUGCUCGCUGCGGCGACAUCGGGCAAGCGCGGCAGGCGUUUGACGAGAUGCCUCUGCGCGACCAAGUGUCCUGGAAUGCCAUGCUCGUGGCCUAUGCCGACACUGGGAACCUGUGUCAAGCCAAGCAGCUCUUUGACGAGAUGCAGGAGCCCAACCUCGUCGCUUGGAAUGCAAUGAUCACUGCAUAUGCGGAAAAUGGGGACGUUACCAGUGCUCAGCUCCUGUUUGACACCAUGCCGCUGAGGGCAUUGCCGUCUUGGAAUGCUCUAGUGACUGCAUAUGCGGGAAACGGGCACGUUGGCAACGCCGUCGCCAUCUUUAACCAGAUGCCCGAGAGAGACUUGAUAUCCUGGACCGCGGUGCUGUCUGGCUUUUCUAAAGCAGGUCAGCCGGAGAUGGUUGAACACAUGUUUGAACAGAUGCCGCAGCACAAUCUCGUGUCCUGGAACGUCAUGCUUUCGGCAUUUGCCCAUGUCCGGGAUUUGGAAAGCUCUAAAGUGGUGUAUGAUAGGAUGCCACAGCACGACAUGGUAUCGCAUAACGUUGCUCUGUUCGUGUACGCACACACCGGUUGCCUGCAGCAGGCCAGAGACAUUUUCUACUCGAUGCCGCAGCACAACCUUGUGACGACCAACUCCAUGCUCUCUGCUUGUGCCCACAACGGGCAAUCGAAUGAAGCGGAGGCUCUCUUCCACAGCAUGCCACGGCGGGACGUCGUGUCAUGGAAUGCCAUGCUUGCUAUGUACUCCCACAAGCAGGAAUUCAGCAGCGUGGAGCGCCUCUACACCAGAAUGCCUUGCCACGACUUAGUCUCGUGGAACACAAUGCUGGGGGCACAAGCGGAGCAGGGCAAGCUGCACCAAGUGAAGCUGCUGCUCGAAGAGAUGCCUCAGCAGAACCUCGUGUCUUGGAACACCUUGCUGUUUGCAUACACUCAAACUAUGUCCGCGUACUCGACUAGCACAGGGGAAUUGCUGGUGCUGCUGGAGCAGACCAAGCACAUCUAUGAUACCAUGCCUCAGCGCGAUAUCAUAUCGGCAAACUGCAUGCUGUCUGCAUAUGCGCAGGGCGGCCAUGACCAAGACGCCAAGCGCCUGUUUGAUGCCAUGCCCGAUCGGGACCUCGUCUCUUGGAAUGCUCUCCUGUCCACGUAUGGACGAUGCGGGCAGCUCCAGGAAGCCCAGAUGUGCUUCAGGCGUAUGCCAUGGCGAAGUGUCCUUUCCUGGACGGUCUUGCUGGUUGCAUAUGCUCUCAAUGGUAACAUGGAUGUGGCCAAGGAGCUGUUUGAUACAAUGCCAGAUACGGACGUGAUCUCGUCGAGUGCCAUGCUAGCUGCAUACGUCCGAAACGGACAUUCGAACUCCGCGUUUGGUUUGUUCAAUGAGUUGAAGACGAGAACGCCUCCGGACGAGGCAUGCUUUGUCUCGGCUCUCGUUGCUUGCGGCCAGUUAGGCGAGGUGUACAUGGGCAGGAGCUGCUUCAUCUCCAUGAGCAUGGACUUCGGCCUUUGCGCCACCAAGCAGCACUACUGCUGCAUGGUGGACCUCUUGGGGCGGGCGGGGCAUUUGAUUCAAGCGGAAGAGCUCAUGCACAACAUGCCGUUUGUUCCUGACUCGUCCGAGUGCAGGUCAUUGCUGGGGGCUAGCAGGAGCAGCCAUGAGACAUUCGCAUUUAGGCAUGGCUCGACUGCUCGCGUUGCUAAACGUGCCCUUGAGGACAGCCCCGAGAAUGCGGCUUCGUAUGCAUUGCUGGCCAGCACAGUGCUAGCGUGA